AUGAUCUCCGGCCUGAUAGUAAACGGCGGACACACCGUGGCAGAGAGCGCCGCAGAGUCCGAUCUCUCCGUCAUAGUCACCUGCUCCGUAAAGGACGCCACGGCCAACAGGAUGAUCCACCGGAUAAAGUCGCUGGGCUCGGGGCCGCUGGUGGUGGCAGGCUGCCUCCCCAAGGCGGAGCCCAAGACGGUGGAGAGGUUUGCCCCGGGGGCCAGCAUGAUGGGCCCCGGCUCCAUCGGAAGGACGCUGCAGGUGGUCGAGUCGGCGCUGGGCGGAGUGCGGACCGUUGCCCUGGAGGACACGGACCUCUCAAAGGUUGGGCUGCCCAGGGUCAGGCUGAAUCCCGCGGUCGGGAUAAUAGAGAUCGCCAGCGGAUGCAUGAGCGAGUGCACGUUCUGCCAGACCAAGCUGGCCAAGGGCGGCCUCACAAGCUACCGCGUCGGGGACAUAGUACGGCAGGCAGAAGCGGACGUUGCCGACGGCUGCAAGGAGAUCUGGCUGAGCUCGACUGACAACGGGUGCUACGGCCUUGACAUCGGCUCGGACCUGCCGGAGCUGAUAGACGCGGUGUCCGCGGUGCCCCGCGACUUUAUGGUCCGGGUGGGCAUGAUGAACCCCAUGUACAUGCCAAGGAUAAGGGACGGCCUGCUCUCGUCCUUUGAGAGCGAGAGGGUGUACAGGUUUCUUCACGUCCCGGUCCAGAGCGGCAGCAACCGGGUCCUUGCGGACAUGAGGCGCGGCCACACCGCGGAGACCUUCCGGGAUGUGGCGAAGAGGUUCCGCAGAAAGUUCGGCAGGUUUACCAUAUCCACGGACAUCAUAGUGGGGUUUCCCACCGAGACCACCAGUGACUUUGAGGAGACGGUCCGGCUCCUGGAGGAGACGCGCCCGGACAUCGUCAACCUCUCAAGGUACAGCGCCAGGCCCGGAACCCCGGCAGCGGAGAUGGAGCAGGUGGACGUGGCCGAGGUGAAGAGGAGGAGCAAGCGCAUCUUCGAGCUGUCCUGCCGCAUCUCCCUGGAGCACAACAGGGAAUGGAUAGGAUGGAGCGGGCCCGUGGUCUUUGGCGAGACGGCAGAGGACGGGGUCAGGGGGCGGAACUAUGCGUACAAGCCCGUCUUCGUCGGGGAGCCCACAGAUAUCGGUUCUGUGCAUACGGUCGAGAUCACGUCUGCGACAAACCACAGCCUGGUGGGGACCAUCAAGAGCUAA